CUCAACUUCUGAAACAACCACCAGGCAGAGAGCAAACAGAUUGACAAUCUGCUGAAGCAGCAUCCUUGAAACCAGAAGAUCCAGGAACAACCGUCAGCUGUGAGGAUGUUUUUGAACCUAGAAGAGACGAAGAAGUCAGAACGCUGGUGACCAAAGGUGCCGCGGGCAUUGGGAAAACAGUCUUGACACAGAAGUACACUUUGGACUGGGCUGAAGAAAAGCAGGAAUCUGUAGCUUUGAAGAGUUCCAGAUUAUGUUUAUCUUCGAUGGUCUGGAUGAACUUCAACCUCCUCUGGACUUCCACUACACUCCGGUUCUGACAGAUGUUGUAGAACCCUCCUCAGUCCACACGAUACUCGUAAACCUCAUCAGAGGGAAGCUACUUCCCUCAGCUCGUCUCUGGAUAACCACACGACCCGCGGCAGUCCAUCAGAUCCCUAUUCAGUAUGUUGACAGUGAGACAGAAAUCAGAGGUUUCACAAACCAGCGGAAGGAAGAAUACUUCAGAAAGAGACUCCAAGACAAGGAACUGGCCAGUAAAAUCAUCUCUCAUAUUGGGACUUCAAGAAGCCUCAAUACAAUGUGUCACAUUCCUGUUUUCUGUUGGAUCACUGCUACAGUUCUGGAUCAGGUCCUGAAAGAUAAAGAGAAAACAGAGCUGCCCAACACCCUGACUGAGUUGUAUAUCCAUUUCUUGGUUGUGCAGGUCAAACAGGACAAUGCCAAGUAUCGCAAAAACGUUUUGACUGAUGGCAUCUGGAAUUCAGAGACUGAGAAAAUCUUUCUUUCAAUGGGAAAACUAGCCUUUGAGCAGCUGGAAAAAAGAAACCUGCUCUUUUAUGAAGAGGACCUAAAAGAGUAUGGCAUUGACAUAAACACUGCCUCGACUUACCCAGGAGUCUUUAUAGAGACUUUCAAGGAAGAAAGCAUACUGAACCAGAAAAGGCUGUUUUGUUUUGUCCAUCGGAGCAUUCAAGAGUUUCUGGCUGCACUUUAUGUCUUCUUGGUGUUCAUGAAGGCUGGGGACAAUCUGGUGAAAAGAAGUCGCAGUGCUUUGCAACCCGAAUCUAAAUUUAAACAGUUUUACCAGAGUGCAGUUGACAAGGCUUUGGAGAGUCCAGAUGGAUACUUGGACAUGUUUACCCGCUUUCUCUUGGGGCUUUCACUGAAAACUAACCAAGACCUCCUGCAAGGCCUGUGGAAAAAGACCAAAAAUGUUCCACAGGUUCAAAAAAUGCUUAUCCAACACAUCAAGAAAAAUAUCAGGGAUAGUCCUUCAGUUGAGAAAAGCAUCCGGAUGUUUCACUGGCUGAGUGAACUGAAUGACCAUUCCCUAGAGGAAGAGAUUCAACAGUACCUGAGUGGAGAAGUCCUGGAAAAAGACCUCACCUCUUCUCAGUGGUCAGCACUGAUUUUUGUCUUGUUGUCUUCACAAAAAGUGUUCGAUGUUUUUGACUUUAAGAAGUUCUGCAAAUCAAAGGAAGCCCUUCGGUGGCUAACACCAGUGAUGAAUGCAUCAAAAAAGUCUCUGUUGUUUAGCUGUAACCUGUCGCAGAGAAGCUGUAUAUUCCUGGUGCCAAUGCUAACCGCUGAGAACUCUUGCCUCAGAGAGUUGGACCUGAUUGACAAUGACCUGCAUGAUGAAGGAGUAGAUUUGCUUUCUUAUGGACUCAGGAGUCCAACGUGUAGACUGGAGGUUCUCAGGUGAGUAUUUGGAAGAUUGAGGAAAUAAACAAUAACAUUAUUGUUCCAUUCUUUGUAUUUUUAAUAAGAAAAUUUAAUACCACUGAAACAACUGAGAACUGGCCAUUUCCUAAGAUGAAAAGAGGCCGGUUUGCCUAUUAUCCAUCCGUCCAUCCAUCCAUCUAUCCUCCGUCUGUCCGUCCAACAUCGUCUUCUGCUUAUCCAAAUUUGGGUCAUGGCUGAAGCAGCCUAAG